AUGGCUGGAAGAUCACAAACAAGUACAGACACUGCCAGGCCAGAUAAUCGAGCCAAGAUACUGAAGAUGAUCUCAGUCCUCGCAGAGCUGCACAAGACCUUCAACAGCACACUGAGUUCACAAAUCACUCUUAUCCCUCAUGCAAACAGCAAAAAUCCUAGAAGAAAAAGUAAAGUGCUCCCUGCUCCAGUAAAGACAACUGCUGCCUCUCUGCCAGCCUUGCUGACCACUGCUUCCAGGUCAAGCCCAGACUCUAUUGCCCUGAGUAUGCCGGACCGAAACUUCAGGAAGUCUCUGCCACCACAGACCAAGAAGACCAACAAAAGAGUGUGUUUCUGGAAGUACUGUUCCCAGAACUGAAGUCUCCCAGCUAACACUGGUGUCCACUCCCCACUAGUCACCUCUGUCUGAUCUUCCUACUGGUGAUGUCUUCUCAACUAAUCAUCAACUUAACCAUCCAUCCCAACAGAGCCAGCCACAAACAGUUCUCUUUUCUUGUUCUGUUCCUGUUUCAUUGUCAAGAACUUUUAAUUAGCAGUGAGACUGUUGCCGGGCUUCAGAAAGCACCAUGUCUACCCUCAGGCUGGCGCCGGUCUUGACGUGGCCCUUUUCAUUUACUCAUUUAUUAACAAGACUGACCAAUCAAAAACAGACGAUGUGUGCUCGUGGUCUGGGCACAUGAACAGAUAGCUUUGUUAACCACAUUCUGUUAAAGGAUGGGCACCUGUCAGUUUUGU